AGCCUGCGCGAUCCAGACUUCAUUUCGUGCAGGCCCUCGAGAUCCCAUGCUUUGCGCAGCGGAGAUUGACAAUAAACAGCCUGCGGUCAAAUUUUCAAUUACGCGCUUCCGAAGAUUCGCCCCGGGGUCCCUCUACAUCAUAGCUGCCGGCGCCGGGCGUUCCUGUGCGUGCGAAGGUAUAUAACCUGCAUCGUGUGCGCACACCCGCCGCAGGAAGGUUUCUGUCUUCUCGAAGCUUGCUACCGACGAUGACUACUGCUGCUAAGCUCCCCAAAUCGUUCGCCUGGGGCUAUGCCACCGCUGCGUACCAAAUCGAGGGUGCCGCUAACAAGGAUGGGCGUGAGCCGUCAAUUUGGGACACAUUCGCCAAGAUACAAGGGAAGAUCGCGGACGGCUCGAGUGGAGAUGUUGCCACGGAUUCCUACAAUAGAUGGCAGGAAGACGUGCAGCUUUUGAAGUCUUAUGGAGUCAAAGCGUAUAGAUUCUCGCUUUCGUGGUCGCGGAUUAUACCCAAAGGAGGGCGGGAGGACCCAGUAAACGAACAGGGAAUCAAGCAUUACCGUACGCUCAUUGAAGAGCUGUUGAAGGAGGGGAUCAUCCCGUUUGUAACAUUAUACCAUUGGGAUCUACCACAAGCACUAGACGACCGAUAUGGAGGCUGGCUCGAUAAGGCAGAGAUUGUUCAAGACUUCGCGAACUACGCGAAGCUUUGCUUCGAGUCGUUCGGAGACCUCGUACAGAACUGGAUUACUUUCAACGAGCCGUGGGUUAUCUCCAUUCUAGGGUAUGGUAACGGCAUCUUCGCUCCCGGACACGUCAGCAACACCGAACCUUGGAUAGUGGCACAUAACAUCAUACUCGCACAUGCCCAUGCGGUCAAGCUCUACAGGGACGAGUUCAAAGAGAAGCAGGGCGGCCAGAUCGGUAUCACCCUCGACUCUACCUGGCUCAUACCGUACGACGACACAGACGCAAGCAAAGAAGCGACGCUCCGAGCAAUGGAGUUCAGACUCGGCCGCUUUGCAGAUCCAAUAUACAAGGGUUAUUAUCCUUCGCGUGUUAAAGACGUUCUCGGAGACCGUCUACCGGAAUUCACACCGGAAGAAGUAGAAAUUGUGAAGGGCUCAUCCGACUUCUUUGGGCUAAAUACGUAUACGACGCAUCUAGUUCAGGACGGAGGAGACGACGAGCUCAAUGGAUUAGUCAAGACCACACACGCCAGAAUUGACGGGACGCAGCUAGGAACGCAAUCGGACCUUGGCUGGUUGCAGACAUACGGACCCGGAUUCCGAUGGCUCCUGAAUUACUUGUGGAAGGCAUACGAGAAACCUAUAUAUGUCACAGAGAACGGCUUUCCAGUCAAAGGCGAGAAUGAUCUUUUCGUGGAGGAAGCCGUCAACGACAUCGACAGGCAGGAAUACUUUCGCGAGUAUGCAGAAGCUCUGUUGCAAGCCGUAACGGAAGAUGGAGCUGAUGUUCGAGGGUACUUCGGAUGGAGUCUCCUUGACAAUUUCGAGUGGGCAGAGGGGUACAAGAUCCGCUUUGGAGUCACCCACGUUGACUACACGACGCAGAAGCGGACACCGAAGAAAUCUGCCGAGUUCUUGACUCAGUGGUUCAAAGAGCACAUCGAAGAGUAAAUUUCCUUCCCCGUCCCUGAGCGAAACUACAAAUACAGUUCGACGAAACAUCAUAUCGUAGUCAAUUACCCACUCCGUGUUCCAAAC